CAUUACAGCGAGUUAUCAAAACAUUUACUCCACGGCUGUGCCGCUUAAACAAGGCUUUCCCGGGGCGUGUCCAAGAAUUUUCCACUUUGUUUUUCCAGAAUCCAGAAGUUCCUUUUUAACUUCAGCGCGACGUGGCAAGACUUUGUGCGGCAAGCCUUCUGUUGCUUCUUCAUCGGUGUUAACUCUUGGGUAGGUGGCGCAGGCAGGUACUGGCUCACAGGUGUGGUAACCAAUCCGCCUCUACCUCAGGAUCUCCCAUGAAAGAUCUCCUCAUUAGUAAUUACGGAAUCAUUUCCCCGUUCACCAGUGGGGAGGCGUUCAUCUCGCUGACGAUGUCGGGCUGAGCCUGGUCCUCGCAAACAUCUGGCUCUGCUGUUUCGGGGGAUGCCAAAAUGCUUCGUUUUAUCGUAGAAUCGGCCAGUAAUCUCCCAGAUACAACAUUCGGGACGCCCGAUCCGAUUGUAUCGAUCACUUAUAAAGGUGAAAAGAAGAAAACCAGGACAGUUGACAAUGAAUUGAACCCAGUGUGGAAUGAGAAAAUUGAAUUUGAUUUGAAGGGAGAGGCCCUAAAUGCUUCGUCAUCCGUUCUUGUUGUGGUUAAGGACCAUGAGACAAUUGGAAAAGAUAAGUUUAUUGGUUCUGCAACGGUAUCCUUGAGAGAUCUAGCAAGUGGUCAAAAGACAUUACCUUUGAAGAAUAUCUCUUUGCUCACUGAAAAGAAGCAACCAACAGGGGGACAAAUAAGCCUGGUAGCCUCUUAUGAACCACCGGCUGGAGCCGGACCACCUAACUCAUCUGCACUUGAUGAUUCUGCUGCACAAGACUCUGAUGAAGGGGAUGAAGGUGAUGAAGGUGAUGUGGAGGGUGGAGACGGAGGGGUUACAGGACCCUCGGGUGUACCAUCCCAUCCAGCAGCCAGAAGGCUUCGGAAGAAGAAAAGUAAGAGGCCGCUCUCCAACAAACCUCAGGAUUUCCAGAUUCGAGUGAGGAUAAUUGGUGCACGUCAGUUGGCUGGUAAUAAUGUAAAGCCUGUGGUUAAAGUGACGGUCUGCAAUCAGACUCAUCGGACGAGGAUUCGAAGAGGAAACAACCCCCACUUUGAUGAGAUUUUCUUCUUCAACGUAAACCGGUCACCAGAGGAGCUAUUUGAUGAGUCGAUCCAAAUUAGAGUGUACAAUUCAUUUUCGUUGCGUUCAGAUUCAUUAAUGGGAGAAUUCAAGUUGGACAUUGGUUAUGUCUAUGAUGAGUCUGGGCAUGCUAUUUUGAGAAAAUGGCUCCUACUUCAUAACCCUGAAGACCCCAGUACUGGAUCGAAAGGAUACUUAAAAGUCAGCUUGUUUGUCCUGGCCACAGGAGAUGAUCCUCCGGUUGAGAAGAAAGGGAAAAGUGAAGAUAGCGAUGACGUUGAAAGCAACCUGCUGCUUCCUGCAGGCCUCACUCUUCGAUGGGUGACUUUCCUUCUGAAGAUCUACAGAGCAGAAGACAUUCCACAAAUGGAUGAUGCCUUUGUAGAAAGUGUGAAGUCGAUAUUUGGAGCAGGCACAGACAAGAAAAACCUGGUGGAUCCAUACGUGGAAGUUAGUUUUGCUGGGAAAAAGCUUUGUACAAAGAUAAUAGAAAAGAAUGCAAAUCCAGAGUGGAACCAAGUUAUCAACCUUCAAGUCAAGUUUCCAUCGAUGUGUGAGAAACUACGCUUGACUGUUUUUGAUUGGGAUCGGGUGACUGGAAAUGAUGCAAUUGGGACGGCGUAUUUGUUCCUGUCCAAGAUAGCAUCAUCCGGAGGAGAAGUUGAAGGGGAAACGGGAGAAGAAUCAAUAGGGUUUCUUCCAGCUUUUGGCCCUUCGUUCAUCAACUUUUACGGGAGCCCUCGGGAAUUCACUGGCCUGCCUGAUCCUUACGAAGACUUGAACCAUGGGAAGGGUGAAGGCGUUUCAUAUCGAGGCCGACUAUUAGUUGAACUCCACACACAGCUUGAAGGUAGUCCAGAGAAGAAGCUGGAAGACAUACCAAGUGAUGAUGUUUUGGUUGUUCAGAAAUAUCAACGCCGACGCAAGUACAGUCUUUGCGCUGUCUUUUAUGCCGCAACGAUGCAGCAAGAAGUUGGAGAUGCCAUUCAGUUUGAAGUCAGCAUUGGUAAUUAUGGGAAUAAAUUUGACAAGACCUGCAGGCCUUUGGCUUCCACCACUCAGUACAGUAGAGCCGUGUUUGAUGGUAACUAUUACUACUUUCUACCUUGGUCAAACACAAAGCCUGUGGUGACACUCACUUCGUUCUGGGAGGACAUCAGCCACAGGUUGGAUUCUGUGAACAUCCUCUUAAAAAUGGUCCACAGGCUGGAAGUGAACUUAACAAAAUUGAAGACAGCUGUGUUGGCCAAAGUUGCAGAAGAUUUACUAGCUGAAUUCUGGUUCAAAGUUAUUGAACAGAUUAUAGAAGAAUGCAGCCAACCCUUGCCAGUUGUUGAAGGUAAACCUAAUGUGACCCAGCUGGAUUUGCAAAUCCACAAGCUGCGUACAAACACACUGGCAUCUAUUGUUGAAUCCGCACAAACCUGGCGAAACGAAGCAAGUGAUCCCAAGGAAACAAUCCCUGAUAUGGAAAGCUGGCUAGAGGACCUCAAAUCAUUGUCUGAGGAGCCACAAAACAGCAUGCCCGAUGUUAUCAUCUGGAUGAUAUGCGAUGAGAAACGAGUUGCCUAUGCCCGCAUUCCAGCUCACGAACUGCUCUACUCAACUACAAGUGAGGAAGCCUGUGGCAGAUACUGUGGAAAGACACGGACAAUAGUCUUGAAGUAUUUGGAAGACAAGUACAAAGGUUCCAAAAUACCAUCUCAGUUGCGGGUUCGCUUUUGGCUCGGACUUUCGGCCGUGGAGAAAAAAUUCAACAGCUUUUCUGAAGGAAACUUCAGUGUAUUUUCGGAAUUGUACGAAAACCAAAUCCAGCUCAUGGGCAAAUGGGGCACUACUGGGCUUGUGGGCCGCCACAAGUUUUCUGAUGUGACAGGUAAAAUAAAGCUGAAGAAAGAGAGCUUCAUGCCCCCGAAAAGCUGGGAAUGGGAAGAAGACUGGUUCAUUGAUCCUGAAAGAAGUUUGCUAACAGAAGCUGAUGCUGGCCACACGGAAUUUAUUGAUGAAGUCUAUGAAAAUAACUCUCGCUAUCCUGGGGCUGAAUGGAAAAUAGCAAAGGAGCCUUACACUGAUGUGAACGGAGAAAAGAGUGUAUCAAAAGAAGAAUUUGAACCUCCAGCAGGGUGGAACUGGAUGGAUCAGUGGGAGUAUGAUGUCAACCGAGCUGUUGAUGAGAAUGGUUGGGAAUAUGGACUAACCAUUCCCCCAGAUGACAAACCUAAAUCCUGGGUUUCAACGGAGAAAAUGUACCACACACAGAAGCGCCGACGUUGGGUGCGAAGACGCAAGAAGGACAAACAGCAAAGUGUACAUUCAUCGAAGACCAAGUCACCUGACCAGGAUUCAGAAGGAUGGGAAUAUGCAUCUCUAAUUGGCUGGAACUUUCACAUGAAGAAGCGGAAAUCUGACACUUACAGACGGCGAAGAUGGAGGAGGAAGAUGGCACCAUCUGGGCAAUUGAAGGAUGCUGCAAUCUUCCGAUUGGAAGGUGCUCUUGCUUCACCUCCUGGCGAGGAUGGUGAUAAAUCACCAACAGACUCGAUAUUUGGAGCAAGUACUCCUACGAUCUCCUGCGUGUUUGACCGGCCCUCGAUCUUUCAUCUCCGUUGCUAUAUUUUUCAAGCACGAAGUAUGACUGCUAUGGACAAAGACAGCUUUUCCGACCCAUAUGCUCAUGUUUCAUUUCUCCAUCAAAGCAAGACAACUGAGGUCAUCAAAUCGACACUCAACCCAACCUGGGACCAGUCCCUAAUUUUCAAUGAUAUCGACAUCUAUGGUGAUCCCUUAAAUUUGAUUCAUAGUCCGCCAAAUGUGGUCAUUGAAAUAUAUGAUGAAGAUCAAGUGGGAAAAGAUGAAUUUUUGGGCAGGUGCCUUUGUCCCCCAAUUGUGAAGCUGGAUCCAAACACAGACGUGACACCCAAGCUUCUCUGGUAUCCUGUGAAGAUGGGUGACAAGAAAUCUGGGGAGCUCCUCAUCGCUGCCGAACUGAUGUUGAAAGAUAAACCAGACGGGUCAAAUUUGCCGCUUCUGCCUCCAAUCCGGUCGGGUACACUGUAUAUGGUGCCACAAGGAAUCAGACCAGUUGUGCAGCUUACUGCAAUUGAAAUCCUGACGUGGGGGUUACGGAACAUGAAGACCUACCAGCUGGCAGCCGUGUCGUCUCCAAGCCUCGUGGUAGAAUGUGGCGACAAAUAUUUGGAAUCUGCUGUGAUCAAGAGCCUUAAAAGAUGUCCCAAUUUCCCCCGCUCGGUCCUCUUCAUGAAAGUGUAUCUUCCGAAAGACGAAAUGUACACACCUCCUAUUGUCAUCAAGGUAAUUGACCACAGGCCAUUUGGACGCAAACCUGUGGUUGGACAAUGCACAAUUAAUACUUUGAAAGAAUUUCGGAUUGACGCCUAUACUGAAAAAGUAUCUGUCGGAAUGCACUCAAAAGCGUCUAUUCUAUCAAGUGCUCGUGAUUGUGUUAUUGAUGUGGAAGACAACCAGAAACCCCUCCUGGAAUCGCAGCUGCCAGAGGAGGAGGAUGAUUCAAUCGAUUGGUGGAGCAAGUUUUAUGCAUCUGUAGGAGAGCAUGACCGAUGUGGCAAAUACCUUCAGAAAGGUUAUGAUAUGCUGAAGGUGUAUGACACAGAACUGGAGAAUGUCCCUGAAUUCAAGAAGCUGACUGAUUUCUGUCAGACCUUUAAACUCUUCCGAGGGAAAACGGAGGAUGAUGAAGACCCAUCAGUUGUGGGUGAAUUUAAGGGUUCCUUCAAAAUUUACCCUUUAAGUGAUGAUCCAGGUAUUAAAAUGCCUCCACGUCAGUUUGCAGAGCUUCCCGAUAGUGGAACGCAAGAAUGUUUGGUGCGAAUCUACAUAAUUCGGGCUAUUGACUUGCAGCCGAAAGAUAGUAACGGCAAGUGUGACCCAUUUGUGAAGGUCAGCUUGGGUAGAAAAUCAAUAGAAGAUCGAGAUAAUUAUGUACCCAAGACAUUGAACCCAGUGUUCGGCAGGAUGUUUGAGAUUAGUUGCAAUAUACCGACGGAGAAAGAUCUCAAAAUUGCACUCUACGAUUUUGAUUUGUUGUCACGUGAUGAGAAGGUUGGGGAGACCAUUAUUGAUUUGGAAAACAGACUUUUAUCACGCUUUGGAGCUUGUGCUGGAUUGCCUCAAUCAUAUUACAUUUCCGGAAUAAAUGCCUGGCGUGAUCAGCUGAAGCCAUCCCAGCUGCUGCACAAUUUGGCCAAGAUGAAGGGCCUUUCUCCGCCUGUGAUCUCGAGCACCAGCCUCUCCUACAAUGGUCAGGAAUACGUGCUAAGUGAAAUUGAAAACAACAAAACUCUAAAUGAGCAUCUUGGACCUCCAGAGGAACGUCUGGCACUUCAUGCUUUGCGACUGCAAGGACUUGUACCAGAGCAUGUGGAAUUGAGGACCUUGUACAGCACCUUCCAACCCAACCUUACACAGGGAAAACUACAGAUGUGGGUGGACAUUUUCCCAAAGAGUCUCGGCCCACCCGGACCACCAUUUGAUAUUACACCCCGAAAGCCCAAAAAGCAUUUCCUUCGCUGUGUAAUAUGGAAUACUAGUGAUGUCCUUCUGGAUGAAAAAAGUAUUACUGGAGAAGAGAUGAGUGAUAUCUAUGUUAAAGGCUGGAUCGGUGGGCUUGAAGAUGAAAAGCAGAAGACAGAUGUGCACUACAGGUCUCUAGGAGGAGAAGGAAACUUCAAUUGGAGAUUUAUUUUCCCAUUUGAAUACCUCCCAUCCGAGCAGCUUUGUGUCGUAGCCAAGAAGGAAAACUUUUGGAGUCUUGACAAAACAGAGUUCAGGACACCUCCUAAACUAUUCAUUCAAAUCUGGGACAAUGAUAAAUUUACCAUGGACGACUAUUUGGGUUUCCUUGAGUUGGACCUGAACUCAACAAUAAGCCCAACGAAAACGGCCAAAGGAUGUGACCUGGACAUGCUGCCAGAUACGAAGGAUCCUGGUGCUAAAGCUCCUAAACUGACCUCACUUUUUUCUCAGAAGUCGUUAAAUGGUUGGUGGCCAUGUGUUCAAGAGAAAGAUGACAAACGUAUUUUGGCUGGUAAAGUUGAAAUGACAUUGGAGAUUGUCACUGAACAAGAGGCUGACGAAAAACCUGCUGCCAAAGCAAGAGAUGAACCCAACAUGAACCCAAAACUGGAUCCUCCAAACCGUCCAGAAACGUCUUUCCUGUGGUUCACCAGUCCUUGUAAGACGAUGAAAUACAUCAUCUGGCGCCGAUUCAAAUGGAUAUUUCUCGGGAUCUUAAUACUGCUGUUUGUAGUUUUGUUCCUCGGGAUCUUCUUUUACUCAUUGCCGAACUAUCUAUCCAUGCGAAUUGUGAGUCCGGUCUAAAGGAGUUAUGGCUGUCUGGCCCUGCUCUUAAAUAGCUGGUCCAGGAACAUUCACUUCAUAUGUCUACAACCUCGUGGCCUAAAGGAUAGAAAUGAACUGAGGUUAGGAAGGCGACAAGAUCUACAUUUACCAAGGUUAGCCAAGGUUCAUGGGGUCAUGACUGGGCCAUUUAUCAAGUAAUGCCAUGUUAAUGUGCUGCCCCUGAUGAGCGGGACCCUGCUGGUUUAAUCCCAGCCUUUCUGCAAUCGACUGUUUGUUUAGCAGGUGCCUCUCUAGUUAUGAAAUACCAGGGAUGAUUUUUUUUGUUUGUUUUGAACGAUGACUUAAGUUGAAGUGUUAUAAAACAAUAGCUAUUCAAGGUGGCUGGUUUGCUAAUCUGUUACAGUAUAGAUUAAUAAAUGUGCAGAUUUAUGGGACUUUAUAGAAUAUUUUAUGAAAUAACCUUUAACUCACAAGUGCAAAUGCUUCCACAAUGCAUGUGCCCUGCGGGAAUGGAGAAAACUGGUGGUGUAGAAUAUUGUACUAGUCAAAAACUCCAGUGCUUCCUGAAUUUGCCCGCAUACUGCAUAUGAAUUUGAACCAAAUGUGUAAUUUAAAUGCGGAUGUGUUAUUAAUCAAUAUGCACCUUCUGUAUUCUGUUAGUUGCUUAUAAAUCAUUUCAUCAA